GUGAUGUUCGCUUUAGAAUCAAAACACAAAUUAUUUGUAAUGGAUGAGAAAAAGAUUGCGAUGAACGUUAGAAACGAAGACUUAAGCGAAGAAACAAAGACUCUAAUCUCUUCACUUCCUUCAGACAAAGAUUCCACUGGGAGAAAUGUUUGUAAGUACCAAGGAUGUUGGUAUACUCCCCAUAUUCUCCAAGCUGUCCUCAAUUUCCAGAAGAACUUCAAGCCUCAAGACACUGAUAUCAUCGUUGCUUCGUUCCCUAAAUGCGGCACAACUUGGCUCAAGGCGCUUACAUUCGCAGUCGUUUGUAGAUCGAAACACCCUUCUCAUGAUGAUCAUCAUCCUCUUCUUUCUGAUAAUCCACACGUUCUUGUACCCUACCUUGAGAUGAAUCUCUAUUACUAUAGCGCAAAGCCGGACUUUACCAAGUUCUCAUCAUCUCCGAGGCUGUUUUCAACACACAUGCCGUCACAUAUGUUGCAAGAAGGUCUCAAAGAUUCUACUUGUAAAUUUGUGUAUAUGUCCAGGAACGUAAAAGACACAUUGGUUUCAUAUUGGCAUUUCUUUUGUAAGAAACAAACCGAUGAUAACGUUUUAAGCGGUUUCGAGGAUACGUUUGAGAUGUUUUGUAGGGGAGUCACCAUUUUUGGACCUUUUUGGGACCAAGUCCUAAGCUACUGGAGAGGAAGCUUGGAAGAUCCAAACCAUGUGCUUUUUAUGAAGUUUGAGGAGAUGAAAGCAGAACCUCGUGAGCAGAUCAAGAGACUUGCAGAGUUCUUAGGUUGUCCUUUUACUAAGGAAGAAUAAGAGAGGGGAACGGUGGAUGAGAUAAACAAGUCAGAAACCAUAUUUCGACAAUUCGAAUAAUGGGAGAUAGGCGGUACGACAAGGCGUCUCAACUAUGGCUUCUUUCUCGGAGUUAAAUUACAUAGUUUUUAAGCACUUUCAACAUUUAAUUUUUUCAAAAAAAAAUU